GCGGUUUGGCCCCAGAGACGCCAAAUGUUACCACACCCGCCCGGACCAAAUCUGAACCACCGAGGGUUCACCUCACGUGGCUCGCGCGCCCCUUGGGCGAGUGAGAGUGGGCGGACAGGCGGACCAGAGUUGGGGCACAAGAGUCUGGGCCCCCUUCGUCAGCACUAAAUGCUCACUUUGGGCACGGUGGGAACCUUCAGCUCACGACGCCCCGAGGCAGGCACUGCGGCUGCCCCCUCUGUUAAAAUAGUGCCUGGCCCAGGGAGAGGCACGGAGGGAGGGAGUGAGGGAGGAUCGCACAAGUUUGCACCUUUGCUUAUCCAUCCCCAUCCCACAGUGCCCAUUCUCGGGACCUGGGCAAUGGCAGUGUAGAUUGCUGAUUUGCGGUGGUGGAAUACGCCUCUUGGCGGUAUUGCUUGCAGAAACGAAAUGCAAUCAUUGCGUGCAUGCAUCUCCUUGCGUUCGUUGACUGCAUAUUCGGUCCGUGUCCCGUAUUCCUCGUCCUACCUGCAGAGCCACAUCUCAGGAAGCCUGUGCGGAGCAGAGAUCGUGUGGGUUCCGCCGGGCUGUGCACAUCUCUCCGGCUCUCCGGCCCCUCUGUUGCCUAUCAAACACACAUAGCGUUGGUCAGAUGCCGGCAGUCAGGCAUUCCCAAGGACAUGAACAGUUUGCUACGCCUCGCCGCGGGAGGCCGGCACUGUCGCGAUCCGGGAGUUUGAGGGAAGAAUUGGAAAUGGCACAGCCGCCGACGUGUGCUGGCUGGGUUGGCUGCUGCUGGGCGGGCGACCCAGCCACGGGUUGCGACAGGGGGCCAGGGGGCAGGGGGAUGGAUGAUGGAAGGGCCAGGUUGCCAGGGACCAGGGCCAGAGACGGGACGAGCAGCAGAGAUGGCGGCAGUCGGCUGGCAGGGUCAGUAAGGUAACCAAAGGCAAUAAAGCGUAAGGCUGUGAGGUCGGAUUGGCGGCUCGGGGCGGUGUCUCGGGCCCAGUCGUAUUGAUUGGUCAUGUUCGAGCUGAAGCGGCGGUUGUGUCUCACGGGCCCUGCAGCUUCCCAGAGUUCCUGUGCGCUUGUCAGGCUUGUGUGGGGGAGUUGCAAGUACGGAGUACGGAGUACGGAGCAGCAACAUUGAUGAUACGAGGCCCGACCUCGACGGCUCUGUCCUGCGGGUCUGUCUUUGUUCAGGUUCGGGUUCGGGCAGCGAGACAAGAGAAGAGAAGAGAAGCGAAGAGGAAGUGACUGAUGUGUGCAUGCUGUGGUGUGAUCAAUGUACCGAGUGUGUGAUUCGUGACCAUGACCUGUUCAAGUAAUCCCAAUCCAGUCUGCCACUCAUCAGUCCAUUGCAGCCCUCAACGUUGCUCGGUUGGAUCGGCCUGUCGGCUGGCCACACACGGUUUCAGGUUGUCGGGUUGUGCACGAGUGCAAGUUGCUGAGGCCCACAAUGAUGGGCGUCAAACUGCCUGCCUGCCUCUGCUGUGCUGGCAGGUUUGUGUGGUACUGUGCGAUGCGGUGGAGUGCAGUGCUGGGGCGUCGACGUCAGAAGGGCACAUUGAGGAAAAUGGUAGAGGUUGGCAUCCAGGGCAGCAAGGUGCAAGGCACUGCCAAACCUUGACACAACGACAUAACAUAUGUGCAGCAGAUAAUAGUACCUAGGUCCUCACAUGCUGUGUAUUCGGGUGGUGGGUGGAUAGCUGUCAGUCUGCUGGAGAGGCAGGCACGACCACGACAGCCAGCCAGCCAGCAGCCAGCAUGGGCCUGACCCUGCACCUGCGCUGGGGUCUAGAAACAACCCGCCAUCCAGCCAUCGCCAUCCUGCCAUUCCGAGCGAAAAUCGUCCCCACCACCCUCUAUUCUUGAGUCUACCCAGUCUGCCCAGUCUAGCUUAGUUAGUUUCUAUUCUCCAUCCCGUCUCUUCUUAUCCGUCCUCCAUCCUCCAUCCCUCCCCCCGGCACGUAUUCCUCGCGUGUGCUCUGCUCAUCGUGUGGUUGUACUUGUAUCACAGCCCUGACUCUCUGCUACUCUGAACAUUCGUUUCUCCUGAUCUUCCUGAACUGUCGGUGUUUUUCUCUGUUUCCUUUCCUCGCCGCAAAGCAUUGGCGCCAAGGUCGAUCAUCCACGCUGCCCACGCGACCUCCAACUCUGCUCUCGGAUCCCUGAUCCCAUAUCACCCUCUCCACGAGUCCAGGCUCUCCCCAAUCCGCUUGACGACAUCCGCACCUGUUCCCCCCAGGAUCGACAGUGGCAGAGCUGCCACACACACAAUCCGUACAGCCUGGCUGACGGAAUACUGCUGUUGGCCGCCAAGGAUUCCAGUCUGACCGAGCCUACCCUACCUUCUAUUGCUAUACUUGCGGCUCGUGCUCCUCUCUCAUCCGAUCAUCGCCGUGCCGCCGUGCCGCCGCCUCUCGCCUCGCCUCCCUGCCGACAGUCCGCUGGUUGUUAACAUGCCGUCAAUUGCUUCCGUGUCAUAGCUUCCCCAAAUUCUGUGCGCCUGAGGAGAUCCCAACCUGGAGUUACCACUUCAAAUCAGUCAACGUCCACCAUGCCUCGCCCAUUUCGGAUCGGCAUACCGGUCGACCCAUCCACAGGGUCUGUCGUUCUGCACGCUUCGCCCAACCUGCGACCGCGGCAAGAUGGCCAGGAUGGUCAGAGCACGUAUGAUCUCGAAAACGAUGCCAUGAAUCGGGCCAACUCGGGCGGUGGAGGAGGUGGUAACACAAAUGCCACGGCAAUGAUUGUCGUGGGCUCAAUAGUAGGCGUCAUACUCAUCGCCUGCCUGUUCCUCUUGCUUCGAUCGCUGCGCAAACGCCUAGACCCGAAAUCCAAAUAUCGAGACGGGCCGUUGAAGAAGGUGUGGAGCAAGUUGAGCGGUUCUAAAUCUAAGUACAGCCGGACUGGCGAUUCCGACGAUGAGUUCAACCGAUCAGUCCGCAUGCGCGAAGCCCAGGGCAAUCUCGAAGACGCACUGCAGGAUGUAAAUGUCCAACGGACAAUGGUCGGCGCAAACAAUGUCCAGGAUGGUGUCAACCGGAACACAUCAGUCCGCUCCGUCAUGACUCUCCCUGCUUACCGGCCAAAAGCAAUAGAUACGGAACAGGUCCUCGGCCGAGAGGGUGAACGUGACGGCAUCGACACUGUUGUCGAGAUGCCCACCGCCGAGGAAGACGAGGCCAUGCGGGAGGAUGAGAUGAAUGCAUUGUACCAGAUCCGCCUCGCCCGGCGGGAGCAGAUCGCCGAGCGGGAAGCGCGCAGGGAGGAGCGCCGAGCGGCCAGGGAGCGGCACGACCAUCGUGCCCUUGAGGACAUCCGAGACCGAGCGCGCGUGGCAUCUCAGCAGGCUACCAUCCAGGUCGAGGGACUUCGCGAGGCCCAUGAGCAGAUCAAGCAGAGCAGGCAACGCGCCGUCAGCAGCGUGAGCUACGCUGACGUGGGCGUGGUGCGGGCAGACGGGACGAGGCUGCGGGCCAACAGCGCUGAGAGCGAGCGCAUGGGCCUGCUUAGUGACGCCGGGAGCAUCGCGCUCAGCGCACACGAUGGCCACAGCCUGCAACACAGGAGGCAGCCCAGCGCGCAAAGCGUUCUCAGUAUCGACACCUUCCGCAGCACCCCUGGCAGCUCCGCAUCGCGUUCUGGGUCUCCUGGGUUCAACGGGGGACACAGCAGGCAGGGGUCGAGGAGCCAGCUAGGCGAGGAUCUGCCCCGUACCGGGUCCGGUCUCUCGCAGCGGGCGGGAUCCAGCCCCGAGCUGAUCGAUGCUGCAGAGGCAGACAUCGGCGGUAGCGACAUGCCGCCUCACUCGCCCCCCAGAUAUGACGACGUAUCUCUCGAUGAGAUCUCACCCAUGCACUCGCACCAGUCCGGCCCAUCAGCCAACCCAUCGGGCACGAACACCCCCUACAACGAGCCGCCACCGGACUACCCUGGCCGUGUUAAUGAGCCCGAGGGACCCACCCAGGCCAGGCAGAACAGGCUCAGCGCACACAUGGCCGACCUGGCCGAGCAGCAGCGGGCAGAAGGCCAGGGCCAAGGGCACACCAGGACGGCCUCCAGGGGUGUCGGUGGCGUGCCGCAGCUGCCGAGCCUGAGGCUGAACAGGCUGCCUCAGAUUGUGGUCGAGCCAUCGACCGCGCUUCCCAGGGAUGAUGACCAGGAGCAGCAGCGGAGGCCGUUUCCUUGAGCCAGGAAAGUGACCGUUUCCCGAACAGUGGAGGAGGGACAGCAAUCGUUUGAUUGUGCAGACGUCUGGCAUGAUAAUGACGGAUGACCCCCGAGAACACCAACACACCAAAACAACAAGGAGAUUAGAGAGAAAGCGGGGCGAAGACACAUUUUUGCCAUUUCUGGAUACAUCGUUGGAUUUCAUACAUCGUCGGAUAUCACGAUGCGCCUUACAAUCAGCAGCAAGCAGCAUGCAUGUCUUGAUUUUGAUUUAUUUGCCAAAUGUUUCUUAUUUUUGGACAGAUACCACCAACCACUGGGCUCUCCUUUGGGUUUUCCAUCCUUUUGUUGUAUAUAUAAUCUGAGCAUAUCGUCAGGAGCAUACUGGAGUACUCGGUUCUGAGCGGGGGACUACAAAUUCAUUGUCUAUCUCACCUGUUGCUGUCCUUUUUAAAAAACCACAUCUAGCGCUGAAAUGUGGAGCCUGUGGAUGGGAAUAUAAUAAGGAUAUUUGAUGCUGUCUUUAUCA